AUGGAUAUGAUUAACAUCAUUCUCAAUAUUCUUCUUCCUCCUCUCACUUUCACCUUCCUCUUCUUCUUUUACCCGAUUUAUCUUUUGUUCAAACUUCUGAACUGUGUUCGUAAGCAUAUUUGCAUUGAAGAUGUCGCAGGGAAAGUAGUGCUCAUCACUGGAGCUUCCUCCGGCAUCGGAGAGCAUCUCGCAUACGAAUACGCAAAGAAAGGAGCGCAACUAGCUUUGGUUGCUCUAACUCUAAGCGAGGAUCUUCUACAAAUGGUAGCCGAGAAAUCAAGACAAUUAGGAUCUCCUAAUGUCAUCGUCAUAGCUGGUGAUGUUAGAAAUGUUAAUGACUGCAAAAAAUUCAUCGACGAGACUAUACUUCAUUUUGGAAAAUUGGAUCACCUAGUUAAUAAUGCUGGUGUAAAUCAAUCCAUUUUGUUCGAGGAUUUAUCUCAAGUUCAAGACGCUACUCGUAUAAUGGAUACCAACUUCUGGGGUGCAGCAUACAUAACUUAUUAUGCAAUUCCGCAUCUUCGAAAGAUCAAAGGAAAAAUCAUUGUCACUACUUCAGCUUCAGCAAAGAUACCUAUUCCUUUGUGUGCUGUAUAUUCAGCAAGCAAAGCAGCACUGGUAGGGUUUUUUGAAGCAUUGAAGGUUGAACUCAAUCCAGAAGUUAAAGUAACAAUUGUUCUUCCUGGGGCUAUCGCCACAGAUAUGUCAACUCCUGAAUUUGUAAAAAGAUACGGUUCAGAUUUCUUUCUCUCGGAAUCGGUGGGUAGAUGCGCGAAGAAUAUAUUCAAAGGUAUUAAUAGAGGAGAAGCGUACAUAGAAGAACCAAGUUGGAUCAGAUGUUUCUUUCUAGUGAAGAAUGUGUGUCCUGAAGUAAUCCAAUGCUCCCUCAAUUAUAAUUACCUCCAUUUUGUCAAACCUUAUUCCAAAUGUGACUGA